GGUUCUAAGUGUAAGUGUACCAAAAAAUGGCGUUCAAGGAUCGAUCAAAACUUAACGACGAUCUUCAAGAGGCAUUACUUCGUCGUAGAGAUAUACGCUAUGAUUCUCUUUUAAAUAAGAGGGCAAGAGAAGAAGGAGAAAGACUACUGAGGGAGAAUGACCCAGCAUCAAAAUCUCGAAUAAACCCUCAUUCUGUGUUUUGGAUGAUAGCUGCAAUAGCUGUGUUCUAUUACACGGACUUUUAUGUCGCUGUGAGGUUCGAUCCACGAAUACAUAGACUAUGGUUGUACAUUGGAGGUGCUCUCAUAGGAUUCAACUUGUGCGUUGGUUGUUACUGUGUCCUAUGGCUCAGCUACUAUAAGAAGAUCACAGAUUGGGAAAAGCACUCUCCUUACAUCAUCCCAAUUGCCACUGCAUCUUUUAUUGUUGGAAUGAUUUGUUCCAUUUAUGCACUCUGGCCUGUGUGGAAAUUCUUGACACCUUUUAUAACCUUCACAAUGUUCAUGGGAGUUAUUUUUUUAGCAACCUUAAUUCCAGUAUAACUUGAAAUCCUCUCUUUGGAGUAAAAACAUUUGAUAACCCUUGUAAUACUAAGAUUGGAUAAGAUACUCUCCCUUCUUGCCAUUGGAAAUUUCAUUUCAUUGUAUAGACCUACUUGUAACAUCCAAACAAAGUUGCUUAUUUCCUUCACCUGAAGUUACAUUUUAGCUAUUAAUCCUUUAACUCCAAUGAGUGACCAAGACAUAAUUUCUCCUUACAAUAUCAAUACAAUAUCAACCAGAUAAGUGAUGAGAAUGAAGAAAAACAUCAAUUUGGGGAUAAUUCGUUAAUCCAAUGCUAAAUUCUCUGAACAAACAUUAUAAGAAUUGUAUUGUUGACGGUAAGGAGAAUUAUAAAUUUGAUCAGGGAGUUAAAGGGUUAAAUUCUCAACAUCUGUAGCUAAUUCUCCCUUAUAGCUGCCAAACAUUUCUCUGUAAAUUAGUUAGGAGAAUGUAGUGUUUAAUCAAGGUAACCAACUUAAACCAGAUGGGUUUGAGUAUUCUCAUUUUGUGUGAAAGGGUGAAUAGUUUCCAAGUUGAGAGGAUCAACUUAAAUGGUCCACCUGCUGAAUCAAUUGAAAACUAGCUAUGAAUACUUUUUGGAAAUACUUUUACAAUAUCUGUUGGUAUUCUAAACAAAUUAGCUGGUGAUUUCACGUUUUCUUUUUUUUUAUUGAUAGAAAUGCAAACAGACUAAGCACUUAACACAGUUAAGUGUAAAAAGAUCUGUCCUUCUAUGGACAUAAAAUUUAUUUCCUACUCAAGAGCUGGAAUGAGUCCAUACCCCUCAGUUUAUUACACUAAGUUUGUUGUUUCAACAAGAUUUUAAAUCGGGUUGCUUCUGAGGAAAAAAUGCUUCAAAGGGAAUUUUUCCAUGUAAAAACUGUCCUUAGCAGAACAACCAUUGGAAAUAUACCCAUUCCAUUUUUGUAUUUAUAUUUGUAAAUAUAUUGUCCAUAAAUUUGGAACCUAACUUAUUUUACAAGUUGUAACAAUUAUUGUCUAUGUUUGCUACAACUUCAAAGUUUCUCAUUAAGAUUAUCUAGAUUUUAACCAUGCAAAAGUGAUCCACUGACGUGUGAUGUAUGAACUUUUGGUGUGGGUCAAUUUCCACAAUCGGUACAUCAUUGAAGAAAACAGCCUUGCUA